AUGCCUGACUGCAAAUUUGUAAUUAGUGCCCUGAAAACUUCCAAAUACUUCAUUGUUAUCUCCUAUGUAAUGUUGGCCUGUCCUGGCUAUAUGCAGCAUGUGCAGGGCAUCCCACCUGAGAACAUGGGGCUAAACCUUGUUGGCGAGUACUACAGUGUUUUAGAAGAGCUCAAAUACCUUUUUAAAUUUGUUGUAAUAGAUGAUGUCAAAAUAGUGUAUACUUGUCAAGGUCUGUAUGAGCUGCUGACUGCCCUGCCAGCCCAGCUGCAGCCACAUGUGGACAGCCAGGAAGACCUAACCUUCCUCUGGGAUAUGUUUGGUGAAAAAAGCCUUCAUUCACUGGUGAAGAUUCAUGAAAAGUUACACUACUAUGAGAAACAGAAUCCUGAGCCCAUCCUCCAUGGUGCAGCAGCCUUGGCAGAUGAUCUAGCUGAGGAGCUACAGAACAAGCAAUUGAACAGUGAAAUCCGAGAGCUGCUGAAAUUACUGUCAAAACCCAAUCUCAAGGCUUUACUCUCUGUACAUGACACUGUGGCCCAAAAGAAUUAUGAUCCUGUAUUACCUCCUAUGCCUGAUGAUAUUGAUGAUGAGGAAGACUCAGUAAAAAUCAUCAGAUUGGUCAAAAACAAAGAACCACUGGGAGCUACCAUUAAAAAGGAUGAACAUACUGGAGCAAUCAUUGUGGCUAGAAUUAUGAGAGGAGGAGCUGCAGAUAGAAGUGGUCUUAUUCAUGUUGGUGAUGAACUCAGGGAAGUAAAUGGAAUUCCAGUAGAAGAUAAGAGACCUGAGGAAAUAAUACAGAUUUUGGCUCAGUCUCAGGGUGCAAUUACAUUUAAAAUUAUACCAAGCAUCAAAGAGGAUGUACCAUCUAAAGAAGGCAAGAUGUAUAUCAAAGCUCUGUUUGAUUAUGAUCCUUUUGAGGACAAAGCAAUUCCAUGUAAAGAAGCUGGGCUUUCUUUCAAAAAGGGAGAUAUCCUUCAGAUCAUGAGCCAGGAUGAUGCAACUUGGUGGCAAGCCAAACAUGAAGGUGAUGCCAAUCCCAGAGCAGGCUUGAUCCCUUCAAAACAUUUCCAGGAAAGGAGAUUUGCAGUAAGGCAACCAGAAGUGUUACUUCAGCCCCUGAAAGUUUCGAACCGGAAAUCAUAUGAGGAAACAGUUGAGUAUGAGGAAAUUGAAGAAGAUGCUGAAUGUGCUGGUAACCACAGUGGAACCUAUAUAGCUGGUUUUCGAAGAAGUUUUCGUCUUAGUAGAAAAGAUAAGAAGACAAACAAGUCUAUGUAUGAAUGCAAGAAGAGUGAUCAAUAUGAUACAGCAGAUGUCCCAACAUAUGAAGAAGUUUCACCCUAUCGACGACAAAAUAAUGAGAAAUACAGACUAGUUGUUUUGGUUGGGCCUGUGGGAGUAGGAUUAAAUGAACUGAAAAGAAAGUUACUGAUUAGCGAUACACAACAUUAUGGUGUGACAGUGCCACACACUACCAGAGCAAGAAGAAGCCAAGAAAGUGAUGGUGUUGAAUAUAUUUUCAUUUCCAAGCAUUUGUUUGAGACAGAUGUACAAAAUAACAAGUUUAUUGAGUAUGGAGAAUAUAAAAACAACUACUAUGGCACAAGUAUAGAUUCUGUUCGCUCUGUUCUGGCUAAAAACAAAGUUUGUCUGUUGGAUGUUCAACCACAUACAGUGAAGCAUUUAAGAACACUAGAAUUUAAACCAUUUGUUAUAUUUAUAAAACCCCCAUCCAUUGAGCGUCUGAGAGAGACCAGAAGAAAUGCAAAGAUUAUUUCAAGUCGAGAUGACCAGGGAACGGCAAAGCCCUUUACAGAAGAAGACUUUCAAGAAAUGAUUAAAUCUGCACAGAUAAUGGAAAGUCAAUAUGGCCAUCUUUUUGACAAAAUUAUAGUAAAUGAUGAUCUCACUGUGGCUUACAAUGAGCUAAAAGCAACUUUUGAUAAAUUGGAGACAGACACAUAUUGGGUUCCAGUGAGCUGGUUACAUUCAUAA